UGAGUUGUGCUGUUGCUGUGGAAAACUGAAAAAGUAACCUGUGUAUUGGUGAAGACGACAUGUGAUGAGUCUAUGUGUGUGAGAGAGAGCACUGACUCGUGUGCAAGAGAACUUUUUACACGCAGGGCCAAAUUUGGUCUGAGCAUGGCCAUGUGAAGGAAGUUGUUUGGUGGGGAAACAUAUGUACUGUUUCUUCCAUCGCCUUAAUAACCAUUGCAUGUGACUCCUCUUUCUUUCAAUUCCGCCAUUCCCCACAACACCCUUGACUGCCAGUGCCUACAUAUACAUGCAUCCAUCAUAACUAGCCACUACUCAAACCACCUAUCCAUUCAUUCCAACUGAAGAUGAACAACAAACCAGCUGCUUUCAGGCUUGCCAUUUGGACUUCUCUAGCAUUUGCCUCCCUUCACUAUGGGUGGGGGGAAAAAUGUGCAGGUAAUGCUCCAACUGUGAAACAGACACAAGUAGGGUUUGCUAAGCCUCCAAAAUUCUUGGUUGAAGUGCAAAACAACUGCCCAAUGUGCCCCGUCAUCGACAUUCAUUUGAGAUGUGGGAGCUUUCAACAGGCCUUAGUCAGUCCCAGACUACUCAAAGUAGUAAGAAAAGAUGACUGUGUGGUAAAUAACGGAUUGCCACUGGCUCCAAUGCAAAAAUUAUCCUUCAGUUACUCUCAUCAGAAGUAUCUCAUGAUGCAGCCUUCCAUCUGGUUCUUCCAGUGCGAAUAAACUAAGAUAUUAUAGGCCUA